GACCCUCUAGGAAACCCUCUCUUUUUUAGCUGCCGCUUUCUGAGGCUUCUUCGCCUACCCGACCCGGUUCACGCAAACCGGAUCCGAACAACCCAUCGAUGCUUGCCGUAUUUCUCACCUGGUAACCAACCUUCGAUUCUCGCAUAAACCCUAAGCUCAGGUCCGAUCGCUUCGCCAUGGGAGACUACAACGAGGCGCUCAUGCGCAACCAGCAAAACGCCGCCGUUCAGGCCCGCACCAAAGUCCAGAACCGAGCCAGCGUCCAACAGCUCAAACUGAUUGGGCAGAGCCAUCCCACUGGUCUAACAGCCAACCUGUUAAAGCUUUUUGAGCCUCGACCACCUUUGGAGUUUAAACCGCCUCCAGAGAAGCGGAAAUGCCCGUCAUUAACAGGGAUGGCGCAAUUUGUGAGUAGGUUUGCCGAGCCUGGAGAUCCUGAAUAUGCUCCUCCUGUCCAAGAGGCUGAAACUCCUGCACAAAGAAGGGCUAGAGUACACCAGUUAAGACUAGAGAAGGGUGCAGAAAAGGCUGCUGAGGAGCUACAGAAAUAUAAUCCGAGUGAAGACCCAAAUAUUUCUGGAGACCCAUACAAGACUUUGUUCGUGGCUAGACUUAGUUAUGAGACAACUGAGAGCAGACUCAAAAGGGAGCUUGAGUCUUAUGGACCAAUCAAGCGGGUUCGAUUGAUUACUGAUAAAGAGACCAAUAAGCCUAGAGGUUAUGCUUUCAUUGAGUAUGUGCACACCCGGGACAUGAAAGCUGCAUAUAAACAAGCUGAUGGGAGGAAGAUUGAUGGUAGAAGAGUGCUUGUGGAUGUUGAACGUGGUAGAACUGUCCCAAAUUGGCGUCCUCGCCGACUUGGUGGUGGGCUAGGAACCACCAGAGUUGGAGGUGAAGAUGUUAAUCAGAGAUAUUCAGGGAGGGAGCAGCAAGUGCAGUCAGGAGCACCAUCUCGCUCUGAGGAGCCAAGGGUACGUGAGGAUCGGCAUACAGAGCGGGAUAGGGAAAAAUCUCGUGAAAAGGGAAGGGAUAGAGAGAGGGAAAGGGAGAAAUCCCAUGAACUCUCCCACGACAGACAUCGGGAUCGUGAGCAUAGGGAGGAUAGGCACCACAGAGAUCGCGAUAGGGAUAGGGACAGGGACAAGGAUAGGGAAAGAGAAAGAGAUCGGGGUCGUGAUCGUGACCGAGCACGCGAUAGAGACCGAGGUCGGGAGCGUGGUCGCGACUACGAGCGUGAUCGACACAGAGACCGUGAUCGGGAACGUGAUCGUGGUCGAGAAAGGGAGGGUGAGAGAGACCUAGAAGUUGAAGACCAUGACCGUGACCAUGGGCGGUCCCGUGAUAGGGAGUCUACUUAUGAUCAAGUUGAAUCAAAGCAUGAGAAGGACCGGCAUAGUGAAAGGGAGCGGGACUAUGAUCACACUGAACCCGAGGAUGAUCGUGGGUGGUAUGAACAGCCCGAGCAUGAGCAUAAGCAUCCAGAUAAAGACCAUGACACCGAGCACUAUGAGCAUCGUCGAAGUAGGGGACAGUAUGAUCAUCUGGAUGUCCCCGAUGACCCUGACCGCUACGAUCACUAUCCUGAUCGAAUGGAGGAGGAUGAUUACCAUUAUGAGCGUGCAACAUCUGAGUCACGUGAAAGGGAGAGAACUCGAGAUCUGGAGCGUGAAUAUCGACGCUCAGAGAGGUCACUUUCUCGGGAGUACGAGUACUGAGACUGCUAGUAUCUCCCAACUUGUGCUUCUGCUGUUCUGGGCAUUAUUAAAUCGAAGGUCAGGAGUGUUUCUUGGAGCAACUUCUGAAUGGAUGUUGGAUUCUCCUUUUCUUUGUUGACAAAAACUCUGUUUAAAGGUUUUAUGACUGAGCUCCUCGUGGAUCUGUUCUUGUGUUUGGUGAUUAUUGUUUUGUUGUUUGAGAUGGAGUAAGACUGUAUGCUUGGUUUA